AUGUCAAGAUCCCCGUCGCCGCGCCCGGGAGGCUGGUCAAGUCCAGGCCUGAAUACGCCCUACGACAGCGGAGGGCGAAGCAGCCCGUUUGCGAACGGCAGCUCCAGCUCCAACAACGUCACCUGGGCCUCGGCCCAGGCCCGCAGCGCCAACGUCAAGGGAUACACUGCAUUUGCACCGCGCAACCAGGGCUUCUUUGGAAAGCACUUUCGGCGGCUUUCCACAAGCCUGCCUUUCAGCUAUGGAGAGAAGGAAAAGCUAGGCAGAGGGCGGGGAUAUCAGGGCAACAACAAGAUCCUGCAGAUGCUGAACAGAAUCGGUUGGAAUCUGUGGCGCCUGCGGAAACCUCUUGGGACGAUUCUGACCAUCAUACUGCUUUACAUUCUCUUCUACGCAACACCACUGCACCGCGUAUACCGGCGCUCGUGGUUUGGCGGAGGUAGCAAGUUCGUCGUCAUUCUCGCUGCGAAUCAGGGCGGUGGAGUCAUGGAGUGGAAGGGCCCGAGAGAAUGGGCGAUCGAAAGAGACAGUGUCAAAAACAAGAAGAAGUACACGCAGAAGUGGGGAUAUGACCUGGAAAUCGUAGACAUGAGCACAAAGAAGCGAUAUGCCCACGAGUGGAGAGAAAGCUGGGAGAAGGUUGACACGAUCCGAAACGCUAUGCGCAAAUAUCCCCGCGCUGAAUGGUUCUGGUGGCUGGACACAAACACAUUCAUCAUGGAGCCGAACUACUCCCUCCAGAACCACAUCUUCAAGCAGCUGAAGGAUGUCACGUAUCGCGAUAUCAACCACUACAACCCGCUUAACAUUUCCCACCCGCUGACAGAUGAGUACCUCGAUCCGGAGACUAGGUCACCCGUAGGUGAUGGCAAAGCCGACUCGAUCAACAUGAUUGUCCCCCAGGAUUGCGGUGGUUUCAAUCUGGGCUCGUUCUUUGUACGGCGAAGCGUCUGGACCGACAGGCUGAUGGAUAUCUGGUGGGACCCUGUCGGCUACGAGCAGAAGCAUAUGGAGUGGGAGCACAAAGAGCAGGAUGCUUUGGAGUACAUGUACAAGAACCAGCCGUGGAUACGCCCACACCUGGCGUUCAUCGGCCAGCGCAAGAUCAACGCCUUCCCACCAGGUGCCUGCGGAGAGAAAGGCGAUGACCCGCAUAUCCACUAUAAGGAGAAGGAGAGGGAUUUCCUUGUCAACAUGGCCGGUUGCGAAUGGGGCCGCGACUGCUGGGGCGAGAUGUACAGGUACCGUCAGCUCAGCAACCGCCUCAACAGGAAUCCCUGGGAGAAGUUCAAGGACGCGAUCAGCGAUUUCUUCAAGGCUCGCCGCGACGCGAAAAAGAAGAAACAAGAACAACAGAAGAAGACGAAUUAA